AUGGAUUGGGGCGGCGUUAGCUUCGAGCUUGAUCGGGCAGCAAUGGUGGACUUUGUACAGGAGGCAUUGAUUGUUCACUCAUCAAAUGAUGAUCCCGAUGUGAAGAAGGAGGCAGGGCAAGAAGAGGAGGAGGAGAACCGGGCCUGGUCCAUGGGCCAGCUCUGUGGCAAGUUUACUGUGAUGCCGAACUGGGACGAUAUGCUUUGA